GCUCUUCUACCGCGUCUCUAUGGUAGAGCCGGCCUCUGAGGCGGCAGCGGCGUUGGUGGCUUCGGUGAGGAAAAGUGAGAGUUCUAACUUUCCUCUUGGCCUGAGAGGUUUUUGGCGCGGAGCGUCGUCAUGUCGGAGAAAAAGCAGCCGGUAGAUUUGGGUCUCUUGGAGGAGGACGACGAGUUCGAGGAGUUCCCUGCCGAAGACUGGGCUGGUUUAGAUGAAGAUGAAGAUGCACAUGUCUGGGAGGAUAAUUGGGAUGAUGACAAUGUAGAGGAUGACUUCUCCAAUCAGUUACGAGCUGAACUAGAGAAACAUGGUUAUAAGAUGGAGACCUCAUAGCAUCCAGAAGAAGUGUUGAAGCAACCUAAACUUGAACUGUUUACUAAAUUCUAGGACAGAGAACCCAGGAUGGGACACUUUUAAAAAAAUGUUUAUUUCAGUACCUGCUUGGAUUUAUUUUUGAUUUUGUAACACAAAAAAUAAAUGUUUUGAUCUAAUCUUGGUUUGGUUCAGAAGUCUCGAUCUUUUGCUUCUCUCGUCAUUAAUUUUCUCAGACUGCUUAUGAUUUUCUAGGACUUUAUUAUAUAGAGACAGUAAAUUCAUCCGAUCCCCAAUUCAGUACUUUUUUUUAACCACAUCAAUUGAAUGUUGAUCUUAUUUAUAAGGUUACUUUUUUAAAGUUGCUUUUAACCUUAAUCUCAUCUGUAUUUUGAAAGCUUAGGAAACAUUUGCUGACAUCUCUAAGGUGACCCUUUAAAACCUGUGUUUUAAAAUAUUAAUCAUUUUUAAUUGCUAUAAUUAGCUUCUGAGCCAUUAAUAAUAGUAUUAAUAGUUGAUAGAGUAUUAUUAGUACUUAAAAUCAAGUGGUUUGAUCACAGUCUAAGAACAGUGUCCUCUGUCAAAAUUGGUGAAGUAGGAUCAAGAUAGUUUGUUAACAUGGGCAUAUUCUCAGGUACUACAUAACAGUCAUUUAGUAUAAUUAAGAUUCUGCAAAGUGAUUAUCAUUGCCACAUCUACUUUUGUGAGUGGGAGAUACAAUUUAGUUGGUAAAGGAUUCUUCCUCAUAAGACUUAGAAUGAAGCUAAUGUAUAGUUUUUAUUAGGAAUAUUUUCAAACUUGAAUGUGUUACUUAAGGAGAAUUAGCAGAACUGUUGAAUAAUUUAAAGUGUAAAAUUUAUGUGACAUGAUGUAUUAACACCAAAAUAAAAUUGGGUGCCUGAAA